GCCGAGGUGCCCCCCGGCAUCCCCUCCAACACCCGCUAUCUCAACCUCAUGGAGAACAACAUCCAGAUGAUCCAGGCGGACACGUUCCGCCACCUGCACCACCUGGAGGUCCUGCAGCUGGGCAGGAACGCCAUCCGGCAGAUCGAGGUGGGGGCCUUCAACGGCCUGGCCAGCCUCAACACCCUGGAGCUCUUCGACAACUGGCUCACCGUCAUCCCCAGCGGGGCCUUCGAGUACCUGUCCAAGCUGCGGGAGCUGUGGCUGCGCAACAACCCCAUCGAGAGCAUCCCCUCGUACGCCUUCAACCGCGUGCCCUCCCUCAUGCGCCUCGACCUGGGCGAGCUCAAGAAGCUGGAGUACAUCUCCGAGGGGGCUUUCGAGGGCCUGUACAACCUCAAGUACCUCAACCUGGGGAUGUGCAACAUUAAGGACAUGCCCAACCUGACGCCCUUGGUGGGCCUGGAGGAGCUGGAGAUGUCGGGCAAUAACUUCCCCGAGAUCAAACCGGGCUCCUUCCACGGGCUCAAAUCCCUCAAAAAGCUCUGGAUUAUGAACUCGCAGAUCAACCUGAUCGAGCGCAACGCCUUCGACGACCUGACGGCGCUGGUGGAGCUCAACCUGGCCCACAACAACCUGUCCUCCCUGCCCCACGACCUCUUCGCCCCGCUGCGGUACCUGGUGGAGCUCCACCUGCACCACAACCCCUGGGACUGCGACUGCGACAUCCUCUGGCUGUCGUGGUGGCUGCGGGAGUACAUCCCCACCAACUCCACCUGCUGCGGGCGCUGCCAUGCCCCGCUGCACAUGCGGGGCAGGUUCCUGGUGGAGGUGGACCAGACCUCCUUCCAGUGCUCGGCGCCCUUCAUCAUGGACGCCCCCACGGACCUCAACAUCUCGGAGGGGCGCGUGGCCGAGCUCAAGUGCCGCACGCCCUCCAUGUCGUCGGUGCGGUGGCUGCUGCCCAACGGGACGGUGCUGAGCCACGCGUCCAGCCACCCGCGCAUCUCCGUGCUCAACGACGGCACCCUCAACUUCUCCCACGUCCUGCUGACGGACACCGGGGUCUACACCUGCAUGGUGACCAACGUGGCGGGCAACUCCAACGCCUCGGCGUACCUCAACGUGAGCACGGCCGAGCUCAACACCUCCAACUACAGCUUCUUCACCACCGUCACGGUGGAGACCACCGAGAUCUCCCCGGAGGACAUCUCCCCCAAGUUCACCAAGCCCGUGCCCACCACCUCGACGGGCUACCAGCCGGCCUACACCACCACCACCACCGUCCUGGUGCAGACCACGCGGACGCCCAAGCAGGUGGCCGUGCCCACCGCCGACGCCGGCGACAAGCUGCAGACCAGCCUGGACGAGGUGAUGAAGACCACCAAGAUCAUCAUCGGCUGCUUCGCAGCAUCCCACGUUCCACGUGGCCUCCCUGCCAAAACAUUCCCGCCCAGCAUCCCAGAUUCCACGCGGCCUCCCCACCACAACAUUCCUGGGAAGCACCGUGUCCUCCUUGCCAUAGCAUUCCUGGGAAGCAUCUCAGCCUCCAUGUGGCCUCCCUGCCAUGACAUUCCUGGCAGGUGCUGCGUGGAGCCUCCGGAAUGUGCCGAGGCAGCGGAGUGA